UCCUCAGCUCAGACUCCGAAUUCGGCUCUCUGCAAAAUUUUGGCCGGCUUUUUGUUGCUGACCUGCAGGCGGAGUGCGGCCUUGGCUCGACCAAUGUCGGUUCAAAGCAACGGCGCCAAAGCGGAACGCACCGCCAGCACGGCUAGCAAGGCCGGGCUGCUGUCAGUCCUGGUGCUGCAGAACUGCGCCUGCGCCAUUCUGGUCAAGCAGAGCCGGCAGCACUCCGAGCAUUGGGUGCCUCAGACGGGGGUGAUCUUGCAGGAAGCCUUGAAGGGGCUGGCGAGCGUGGCUCUGGCAGUGAUCGGAGGAGCGUCUCUCGAAGGCGCCCUGGACCCCCGCGAGUUGCUGCGCUCGGCCGUGCCAGCCCUGCUAUACCUGGUGCAGAACAACCUGCAGUAUGUAGCCUUGGCCUACCUUGAGCCGGCCACCUACACGGUGACCUACCAACUGAAGAUUCUGAGCACGGCCGUUUGCUUUGUGCUGAUGUUGGGCCGCCGGCUCUCGGUGAAGCAGUGGCUCUCGCUGGCUCUGCUGGUGCUGGGCGUCAUCUUGGUGCAGCUUGCCACCCUCGAGGAGGGCGGUUCGAGCUCCCAGGGACACGCGUCUGGCUGGGGAAGAGCCACAGGCCUCUUGGCCACGGUGAGCUCUGCGGCGAUCUCGGGUCUCGCAGGCGUGUACACGGAGAAGAUCCUGAAGAGCUCCCGGGUGACCUUGUGGGUCCGCAACGUGCAGCUGGCGGCCUGGUCUGCGCUGAUCGGCAUCCUGGGGCUCGCCGGCACGGGUGACCUGCCAGGUGUGCUGGAGUUGGGCUUCUUCCAUGGCUACAACAACUGGAUCUGGGCAUCCGCCUUCAACAACGCUUUUGGAGGCUUGCUGAUCGCAGCCGUGAUCAAGCAUGCGGACAACAUCCUGAAGAACUUCGCGACCUCUGUGUCCAUUGUGCUGACCACCGCGGUGUCCACGCAGCUCUUUGGGCUGCAGAUCACCUGCACCUUCCUGGCCGGAGUGGUCUUCGUGUGUUAUUCCAUCUUCCUCUAUGGCGGUAGCCGAGCUUUUCCAUGGCGGGCAAAGGCCUCCUGAUGCGAACUCGACAGCUGGCUCGCCCGGGGAAGAAAA